AUGACGCCCGCCGCCCAAGCCCACGCCCCGCUGCCCCGCGAGCUGCAGUGCGCGUACCGCAGCAAGUUCUGCGACGCGCCGCGCGCCACCAAGCUGGACGGCACGCUGCACAAGCUCUGCGACUUCCACCGGCGCAAGGCCAACGCCAACCAGCAGCGGCUGCACAAGCGCAAGAAGCGCAUCCUCGAGCAGCAGCAAGCCGCCCCGCGGGACCAGACCCAGCCGCAGACGCCGCGCAAGCGCGCGCGCACGAGCGCCGACAGUCCGCAGAGCGUCGUGGUCGGCAACUUCGACCUGCUGGAGAUGCGCAUCCUCGAGGUGCUGCUCUUCGGCGGCUCCACCGACAACGCGCGACAGGUGCCGCCGCCCGUAUCCAUGACGGCCAUGCUCAAGGACGAGAGUCUCGUGUGCCCCGUGUCGCCCACCACGCCCUCGGCGCUGACGCUGCCUGCGCCCAUGUCCGUGCCCGUGUUCGACGACGCCUGGUCGGUGACGCUCUAG